AUGUGGUCUCUGAUCACUUCGCAACCGGCAAGUUCACCCACCAGAUCCUCGCAAAUGCAGGAAGAAGAUCUGCAGGGCCUGCAAAGCUUGGAUCAGAGAGAAGUUGAGCGUUAUGGUUGCCAUGAGGGUUCCAACCCACCAUCUGUUAGUUCUGAACAGUCUUCACCUGAAGAUUCAGAGGAGGAGUUUUUCGAAGAAAGCGUGAAAAUCUAG